UAACAUGGGAAACAUUUACAGCUGACAGCGGAAAUAGGUCAUCUCAAAAUAUAAUAUGUGGAUACCAAUAUGUUAUGUAUCGGAUAAUAUUCAAAAGUAGGACUGUGAGCUGCAUAAAUUAUCGUGAUAGACAGUACCUCCAUAGCAAGAAGAGAAAGGUAACGGGAGAUGAGAUCCCCUUGCCUUAAACCCCUCUCACUGGAGAAAUAUCCAAAUAGGGCACCAUUUAUAUUUAAUGAAAAUUUGGCAGUGCAAACUCCAUUUCUAAUCCAAUCAACAGAUUGUCUGGGAAAAGACACUAAUUCCAUAAAUGUGAAAAGAAAAUCCUAUUUUUCAAUCAAAAAAUUGUAGAGCAAAGGUUAUUAACUUGUGUUGGCUUCGUUCUGCAGAUGAAAAUUCUGCUUAUCUUACUGAAUUAGGUUUACCAUCAGAUUGCUUUUAAAUAAUGCUCUACUGGGUGAAUUACCAUGAUAAUAUUUUAUCAGUUGGCAGUCCAACAUCUGCCACUAAGUCAAAAGGAAAAGAUAAAAGAGCCAUGGUUGCAACUAGUGGUUCUUCACCUGAGCAAUCAGAUGAUGAUGAAGUAGAGACUGAAGCUGGUCAAUGUGAGGAAAGCACUGAUCCUAUGGAUCUGAAGCGUAUCAAAAGGAUGGUUUCGAAUAGGGAGUCUGCUAGACGUUCCAGAAGAAGAAAGCAAGCUCAUUUAGCGGAUCUUGAGCAGCAGGUUGAGCAACUACGAGGAGAGAAUGGCUCCUUGUUCAAGCAACUUGCAGAUGCUAGUCAACAGUUUAAAGAUGCAUCCACAAAUAAUCGAGUGCUUAAAUCUGAUGUGGAGGCUUUUAGAGCCAAGGUAAAGCUGGCUGAAGACAUGGUCACACGGGGUUCACUGACCUCCAGUCUAAGCCAUCUUCUUCAAAACUAUUUAAGCACUCCAGAGUCUCUCAACAAUGCCAACAUGUGCCGAGGGGAGAAUGUCUCUACAAUUGUCACAGUCCGUGGGGUUGAUCCUACAUAUCCUGAUGUGGGAGUUUCAGUACAAAAUUCUGCAGCUCGAAUGGGAAAUGUUGACAACUUCAAUGGCGAUCUUAAGAAUGGAGUUACAAAUGACGCAAUGAUCUGCAUGGCAGAUCUGUGGCCUUGGGAAUCUCAUGCUGGUUCAGUGACAAAGUAGAAGAAAUCUCUUUCUGCAUUGGCUAUUUUACCUCCAGAGGUCUCUUCCUUUUUCAUACUUCAUGUCCAUAGACCUAGUUCAUGUAAGUAUUUGGCUUACAUAGUGAUCUUCCCCUAGUUAGACAGAAGCUUAAAUGGCUCAAAGGAUCACCAAGCACCAGUGACCUUCCUGGGAAAAAGUAUAUGAACAACUAAUUAUUUGUUCUCCUUUUUCUGGGAUUUGGAUAUCUUAGACUAUUAUAGGUUUUAUGUACGACUUAUCAAGGAAUUGUUUGUGUCCAAAAUUCCAUGUUUCUUUUUUGUUUUGGUUGUUUGCGGUAUUAUCUUAUACAUAUUGCCUCUGGACAUUGGGCUUUGUAGUUUGUGAGAGCAUGAUCUUCAUAUGUGCUUAGUCAGAGAGUGCUGUUUGAAGUGAAUAAUCUUGAGAUUUAUCAAGCAAUGCUAGAGUUGGUAUUUCCAUUAA